ACCCCAUCAGCUGUUCAGAAGAUAAAACAGCUUCUUAAAGAUAAACCUGAGCAUGUAGGCGUGAAAGUAGGUGUUCGUACAAGAGGAUGCAAUGGACUUUCGUACACGUUAGAAUAUACAAAAUCGAAAGGAGACUCUGAUGAAGAAGUAGUUCAAGAUGGGGUUAGAGUGUUUAUUGAGAAGAAGGCACAACUGACGCUUCUAGGAACUGAAAUGGACUAUGUAGAAGACAAACUGUCCAGUGAAUUUGUCUUCAAUAAUCCAAACAUCAAAGGAACGUGUGGCUGUGGAGAAAGCUUUAACAUCUGAAAUCUCAGGACUACUUCUUUGACUUUGAGCACCCCAAAACACUUAAUAUUAUGGCUUUUGGAAGCAAAUGCAUUUUCUUCAGGUUUGUAGGCUGCGUAAAGUGUGGAUACCAUUAAGAAAAAUAAAGUUGAAUCAUUUUGAAAAUGUAAAUUGUGUGUUAAAUGCCACCACUGAUGUGGUUAUGCUGUAAUUUAUGAUGAGUUGGGAUCCAAAAGGUAAGAACAGUAAGAGCUGUAGUAAUGUCUCUGUACUUUCACAUGCCAAGCAAAUAAAAUGUCACUGUUCCUUUCCUUUGUCAUUUUCUUUGUCCACUCUAUACACACUUCCCCAUCCAAAACCCAUUUGAAAGAAUAUAUUGCUUAUGUGUUCUGCUUUGAUUUGGGGGGAAAAAAUUAAAAAAAAAAAAACA